AUGGUUGAAGCAUUUAUCAAUAGAACACGUAACACCUUUGUACCUAUUUUGAAUUGGAUUGAUAUUGCUGGUACGAUGAAUCAAUUUUUAUCAGGAUCAAACGUUAAUUUCCAAAUUAUAGUAGACAAUGACAGCAACGUGAAUAUUGAGGAUGUAUUGCUUUAUCCAUUGGUAGAUGUAACUCCUGAAUCCGUAAUAAUAACUUCAACAUGCUCAUGCACAACUAAUUCUAAUGUUUGCCUUUUGAGACCUAUCGUAUAUACGAAUGGAUCGAGCUCCUUCGAAUUUCUGGAUAUUUUUAAUGAAAUAAAUGUGGGUUACACGCCAUUGGUUGGAUUCUUUAGCUCUAAUAUUGACUGGUGGUAUAAUAAGGUUUAUAUUGACGAGAUACGAGCAACAUAUGCUACUAUGACUAUCACCGAGUUUCCACCAGAUAUAAAGCCAUUAAAUACAUCGAUUCCUACUCAAUUUGAUAGUAGUACAUUAUAUGUAAUCAAUCAAGCAUUUUUGGAAACAUCAGUUAUCAGUGAUAAUCGCUAUGACUUUUACUACCAACAAUGUGCACCUACCAGCUGUUCAUAUACAAUAUCGAAACGACGCAGUAUCAUUGUUGCCACUUUAUUACUUGUUUCAGUUUGUGGUGGACUCAAUCGAGGUCUUCGAUUAGUUGUACCAUUGAUUGGAAACCUUGUUCUGGUUAUUAUCGAAAAAUGGAGAAAUUGGAAAAUCGUUCGUGGUGAGUGUAUUGUGCAACUGUUAAUCUGA